UUCUUUGCAGCAGUUCUCCAUACACCUAAUGAACUAGUUAAGCAAAAUGGCAACCACGGGUACACACAGAUAACCUAUCUUUGAUCAAACCACCUAAGCGUUACAUUAUUCUCAGCACCACUCUUCAUCCGUCACUCUGCUCCCUAGUCCCUUCACCACCAUGACAUCACCGUCGCAGGCUCCGCCAGUACUGUCAACAGCAGAGAGGAUGCGAGUGUUGGUAGUGGGCGCGACAGGACAGACUGGGAAGGAAGUGGUGCAGCAGGCCCUGAAGGAUGGCCACACCGUCACCGCCGUCGUCAGGAGUCCCGAGAAAGUCACCGAAACGCAUGACAAUCUCAAGGUGGUGAAGGGCGACGUGUUUGAUGAGGCUUCCCUAACGCCCGUCAUGGCGGAGCAGGACGCAGUGGUGUCAUGUCUCGGCUUUCCUCGCAAUCCUCAGCCUGUCACAGGCUACACUGAGUCCAUGUCAGCCAUAGUAGAGGCCAUGCGCAAGACGAACAUCAGUCGCCUGGUGACCAUGACCGCCUGGUACACAGACACCUCGUCUGCCGCCAACUCCGGGUUUCUGGUCAACUGGUGCCUGAUACCCUUCCUGCGACCUAUUCUCACCAACAUGCGUCAGAUGGAGCAGUAUCUGGAGACCAAGUGCCAGGACAUCAACUACACCGUCGUCAGGCCCCCGGGACUGAAAAAUGCGCCCCAGUCAGGUAAGGAGAUGUCGGUGUCGGAAGGCUUCCUCGUGGAGACCAACUCGGCCUUCAACACCACCAGCCGCUCAGAUGUGGCAUCCUUCAUGCUGUCGUGCCUCAGGUCCAACAUCUACGACCGCAAGAUGCUCGCCAUCACCACGACGCCUAAGAAGGAGUGAGCAAGAGGGAGUAAGGAGUGAGUGUUUCGUUACAGGGAAGUGAUGUCAUGAGCUCUUUAAUAUAGCAAUGAAAGUAUGUAAAUCAA